AUGUCCCAAGAGAGACUGAACAGCCUUGCAAUACUCUCCAUAGAAAGUCAGUUGGCCAAAAACCUGGACUUUAAAGACCUGAUCAGAAACUUUGCAAAUGCAAAGACCCCUACGCCGCGGCCCAAAACGCAAGUGCGUACCAAACGCAAGUGCGCGACCAAACGCAAGUGCGCGACCAAACGCAAGUGCGCGACCAAACGCAAGUGCGCGACCAAGUGCGCGACGCAAGUGCGCGACCGAACGCAAGUGCGCGACCGAACGCAAGUGCGCGACCGAACGCAAGUGCGCGACCGAACGCAAGUGCGCGACCGAACGCAAGUGCGCGACCGAACGCAAGUGCGCGACCGAACGCAAGUGCGCGACCGAACGCAAGUGCGCGACCGAACGCAAGUGCGCGACAAACGCAAGUGCGAGACCGAACGCAAGUGCGAGACCGAACGCAAGUGCGAGACCGAACGCAAGUGCGAGACCGAACGCAAGUGCGAGACCGAACGCAAGUGCGAGACCGAACGCAAGUGCGAGACCGAACGCAAGUGCGAGACCGAACGCAAGUGCGAGACCGAACGCAAGUGCGAGACCGAACGCAAGUGCGAGACCGAACGCAAGUGCGAGACCGAACGCAAGUGCGAGACCGAACGCAAGUGCGAGACCGAACGCAAGUGCGAGACCGAACGCAAGUGCGAGACCGAACGCAAGUGCGAGACCGAACGCAAGUGCGAGACCGAACGCAAGUGCGAGACCAAACGCAAGUGCGAGACCAAACGCAAGUGCGAGACCAAACGCAAGUGCGAGACCAAACGCAAGUGCGAGACCAAACGCAAGUGCGAGACCAAACGCAAGUGCGAGACCAAACGCAAGUGCGAGACCAAACGCAAGUGCGAGACCAAACGCAAGUGCGAGACCAAACGCAAGUGCGAGACCAAACGCAAGUGCGAGACCAAACGCAAGUGCGAGACCAAACGCAAGUGCGAGACCAAACGCAAGUGCGAGACCAACGCAAGUGCGAGACCAACGCAAGUGCGAGACAAACGCAAGUGCGAGACAAACGCAAGUGCGAGACAAACGCAAGUGCGAGACAAACGCAAGUGCGAGACAAACGCAAGUGCGAGACAAACGCAAGUGCGAGACAAACGCAAGUGCGAGACAAACGCAAGUGCGAGACAAACGCAAGUGCGCGACAAACGCAAAGGGUUUGUUGGUUUGGGUAGUGUUGGUUGUAGGAUGGUUUUGGUGUGGUGUGAUUGGGUGUUGGUGAUAGGGGUUGUUUGUGUAGGGUUUUUUGGGGUUUUGUGUGGGUGGGAUGGGGGGUUGUUGGUGUGGUGUUUGGGUUGUGUUAGGGUUGGGGGGGUUUUAGGGUUGGUGGUUGGGUUUUUGGUUUGUGGGUUGUUUGAUUGUGGUGGUGUGUGUGGUGUGGUUGGGAUUAGGGUGUUUUGGUUGUUGUUGAAGUUGUGGGUUGGUUUGGUGGUUGUUGGUUGUUGUGUGGGGGUUGGGGGGGGUGGUGGGGGUGUGUUGUUUUGGGUGUGUUGGGUUGUGGGUUUUGUGGGUUUAGGUUGGUGUGGUUGUUGGGGUGUGGUGUGUGUUGUGGUGUUAUGUGUUUGGGGUUGUUUGGGUGUGUGUUGUUUUUGGUGGGGGGGGGGGGGUUUGUGGUUUGGGGGGUGUGGGUUGUGUGUUUUUUGGGGUGGGGGGGGUGGGGUGGUGGGGGGUUGGGGGUUUGUUUGGGGUUGUUUUUUGUGUUUGGUGGGUUUAGGAGUUGUGGGUGGUUUGUUGGUGGGUUUGGGGUGGUGGUUUGUGGGUUUUUUUGUUUUGGUGUUGGGGUUUGGUGUUGUUGGUGUGGUGGGUUUGGGGGUUGUUGGGUGGGUGUUUUGGGGUUGGGGGUGUUUGUUUGGUGUUGGGGUGGGGGGGGGGGGGGUUUGGUGUGGUGUGUUGGUUGGUUUGGGUUUUUUGGGGGUGGAGUUGUGUUGUGUGUGGUGGGUUGGUGGUGGGUGGGUUGGUGUUGUGUUUGGUGGUUUUGUGGUUUGUUGGUUAUUUUGGGGUGUGUGUUUGGGUUUGGGGUGUGUGUUUGUUGGUGGUGGUUGGUGUGGGGUUUGUGGUUUUUUGUGGGGUUUGUUGGGAUGGGGGUGUUUUUGUUUUGUGGUUUGUGAGGGUUUGGGGUUGUUUGGGGGUUGGUGGUUUUGGGGGGUUUUGUGGGGGGGGGUUUUUGUUUGGGGUGUGUGUUGGUGGUUGUGGUGGGUGGGUGUGGGGUUUUGGGGGGGGGGGGGUUUGUGGGUGUUUUUUGUUGUGUGUUGGGGGGUGUUGUUGGUUUUGGGUUGGGGUGGGUUGUGUUAUUUGUUGGGUUGGUUUGUGUGGUUUUGUUUUUGUUGUUGGUGUGUUAUGUUGGUUUGGUGGUUUUUGGGUUUAUUUGGUUGGUUGUUGUGUUUUUUGGUGUGUGGGGUGGGGUUGUUUGGUGGGUUUGAUUGUGGGGGGUUGUUGGGUUUUUUUGGGGGGGGUUGUGGGGGUUGUAGGUGUUGGUGUUUGUGGUUAUGUUUGGUUGGUGGGGGGGGGUUGGGGGUAGUGGAUGUAGGAGUGGGGGGGAGGGGGGGGGGGGAGGGAGUUGGUGUUGAUAGGGGGGUGGUGGAGUUUUGGGGUGUUGGUGGUUGUUGUGGAGGAGGGGUUUGGAUGAUGGUUAAGGAAUUUUUAGGAUGUUGGGUGUUAUGGGGGGGGGGUUGUGAGUUGAGAAGUUGGGUUUGGUAUGUUUUUUGUUGGGUGGUUUGGGGGGGUGGUGUUUUGUUGGGGGUUAUUAUUGGUGAUUUUGUUGGGGUGGGGGUUUGGUUGUUUGUGGUUUUGUGUUUGUGUAUGGUUGGGGGGGUUAUUUAUGGGUUUUGUUUGAGUUUUUUGGUGGGGGUGGUUGUGGGGUGUGUGGUUUUUUUUGUGGGUUGGGGUGGUUGGGGGUUGGGUGUUGUGUGUUUUUUUGUUGGUUGGUUUGUUUGGGGGUGGUUGUGGGGGGGGGGGGUUUGGUUGGGUGGUGGUGUGGUGUGGGUGGGUGGUGGGGUGUUGGGAGUUGUUUGUUUUGUUUGGUUGUGUUUUGGUGGUGUGUGGUGGGGGGGGGGUUUGUUGUUUGGGUAUGGGUGUUUUUUGGGGGGGUGGGGUUUAUGGGGGGUUUGGUUGUUGGUGGGGGGUGUUGGGUGUGGUGGGUGUUUUUAUUGGUGGGGUUUGGUUGGGUUGUUGUUUUUGUGUGGGGUUGGUGGGUGGGGGGUGGGUGGGGGUUGUUGUGGUGGUGUGGGUUUUGUGGGGGGGGGUGGGGGGGGGGGGUGGUGGUGUGGUGUGGGGGGGUGGGGGUGGGUGGGGUUGUUGUUGGGGGUGGUGAGUGUUGGGGGUGUGGUGGGGGGGGGGUUGGGGGUGGGGGGUGGGUGUUGGGUGGGGGUGGGGGGGGGUGUUGGGGUUGGGGGGUGGUGUUUGUGGUGGGUUGGGGGGGUGGUUGGUUGUUGGGUUGGUGGGUUGGGGGUUGGUGUUUGGGUGGUGUGUGGUGGGGUGGGGGGGUGGGGGGUGUGGUGGGGUGGUGGUGGGGUGGUGGUGGGGUGUUUUGGGUUGGGGGGUUGGUGGUUUGUGGGGGUUGUGGGUGUUUUUGGGGGUUGUUGGUUUGGGGGUUGGGGUGGGUUGUUGUUGUGGGUUUGGGGUGGGGGUGGUUGUGGGGGUUGGGUGGGGGGGGGUGGGGGGGGGUGUUUUGGUGGUGUGGUGGUGGGGUUGUGGGGGUUGUUGGUGGUGUGUUGUGGGGGUGGGGGUGUUUGUUGGUGGUUUGUGUGUGGGGGGUGUUUUGGGUGGGGUUUGUUUUUUGGGUGGGGGGGGGGGGUUGUGGUGGGGGUGUGGGGUUGGUGGGGUUGGGGGGGUGGGGGGUUUGGGUGGGGGGGGGUUUUGUGGGGUGUGGUUUGGUGUUUGGUGGGUUGUUGGUGGUUGGUGGGUUGUAGGUUGGUGUUGGUUGGGGUUUGGUGGGUGUUGUUUGUAUUGGUGGGUGGGGGGGUUGGGGGUUUUGGUGUUGUUGUGGGGGUAGUGGGGGGUUGUGUGUGGGUUUUUUUGGGUGGUGUGGUUGUUUGUGUGUUUGUGGGGGGGGGUGGGGGGGGGGGUGUGGGGUGGGGGUGUUGGUUGGGUUUUGUUGUUGGGGGUGGUGUGGGGUGGUGUGGGGUGUGUGUGGUGGUGGGUUGGUUGGGGGUGGGUGUGUGUGGGUGUUGUGUGGUUUGUGGUUUGGUGGGGGGUGUGUGUGGGGGUUGGGGGGGGUGGUGUUGGUUGGUUGGUGUGAUUGGUGUUGGGGUUGUGGGUGUUUGGUGGGGGGUGGGGGGUGUGGGGUUUUGUGUGUGGUUGUUGUUGGUUUGGUGUGGUUUGGGGUUGGUGGUGGUGGGGGUGUUGGGUGGGGGGGAUGUGUUGGUUGGGGUGGGUGGGGUUGUUGUGGGUUGGGGGUGGGUGUUUGGGGGUUUUUUGGGGGGGGGGGGGGUGUGGGGUUUGUUUGUGGUGUGUGUGUGGGGGGGGUUGGUGGUUUGGUGUGUGGUGUUUGUGGUGUUGGUUGGUUUUUGGGUGGUUUUGGGUGGGUGUGGGUGGGGGGUUGUGUGGGUGUUGUUGGUGGGUGUUGGUGGGUGUGUUUUGGGUUGUUGGUGGGGUUUUGUGGGGUGGUUUGUGUGGUGGUUGGGUUUGGGUUGGUGGGUGUGGUGUGUGGUUGGUGUGGGUGGGGGGUGGGGUGUUGGGGGUGUAUUUGGUUGGUGUGGGGGUUGUGUGUGUUGUGAGUGGGGUGGUGUGGGGGUUGUUGGGUGUGGGGUGUGUGGUGGGUGGGGAGUUUUUUGGGUUUGGUUGUAG